UCGCAUCGCAACAAACAAAUACACUUUCUCUUCAUUUUUCCCACCAACCAAACAGAUCUUACCGUUCUCCAAAUGGCCCGUACCAAGCAGACAGCUCGUAAGUCCACCGGAGGCAAGGCUCCAAGGAAGCAACUUGCAACAAAGGCCGCUCGUAAGUCAGCUCCGGCGACCGGAGGAGUGAAAAAGCCACACAGGUUCAGGCCAGGAACGGUGGCUCUGAGGGAGAUCAGGAAGUACCAGAAGAGCACGGAGCUUCUGAUCCGAAAGCUCCCGUUCCAGAGGCUGGUGAGAGAGAUCGCUCAGGACUUCAAGACCGACCUCCGAUUCCAGAGCAGCGCCGUCUCGGCUCUACAAGAAGCCGCCGAGGCUUACUUGGUCGGGCUCUUCGAGGACACCAAUCUGUGCGCCAUUCACGCCAAGAGAGUCACCAUCAUGCCCAAGGAUAUCCAGCUAGCUCGGAGAAUCAGAGGCGAGAGGGCUUAAGAUUAGAUAGGCGAGAGGGUUAGAUCUUUAAAAAUAACUAUUACUUGUCGUUUUUUUGAUUAGGCGUUUGUGUAGUUUGUGAUGAUGUGAAUCUGUUUUGGGCAAAACGAUGUAAUGGUUUUUAAUGUUUGAAUUUAGUAUUAAAAAAAAAUUGAAGUUUCGUGGUUUUUA